CAUCCUUUUUGCGGCCCAGGCCAAAUAUUAUUUUUUAUUUAUAUUCCUUUCAGGGAAGCCUGGUACAAACAGGGAGCACUAAUGAGUAGCAGCCAGGUCAGGAAGGUAGAGACUGGAUUGGCGGCGAACUUUCAUCAAGACCUGGUCAUGCACAUGGAUUCAACAGAGCAAUGGGAAUCAAUAGGAUUGAACAUUAGUGACCCUGUCAAGGAUGACAAAGAUACACCCGUCAAAGAUACAAUAGUCUACAAACCUAUCAAGAAACGAAUCAGUAAUUCGGAUGAUUUACCACAUCGCAGGCUAUACAAUGUCCAGAUUUUAGACCAUGCAACCGGCACAAUUCCCCAAGAGCUUGACAAGCUCAAAACAAAUGGGCCUUUCCAAGUGAGAGGUUGGGUUCCUAUUGAAGAGACAAUCCUAUCCCAGGGAAUUAGCAGUCAGGAAGUCCUGGAACCCUCGAAGUCAGAGUUAGUCUAUGUCAAAGCUGAAAAUAUUGUGGAGUGGACACAUGAGUAUAAUCCAAUGGACGUUAUGAAGCCAGUCUUUUGGGUUCUUUCUCAAAAUGUCUGUUGGUAUCAGAUCCAGAGUAUCCAUGAAACAUAUAAACCAUAUUUUUUACCACUAGUAAAUGUAUGUGCUUAUCUAGACGCGAUCAUCCAUGCGGUCUUUGAAAGGCGUGUUGCCGACGACUUAUCUACUUUACUUCCUGAGAUCUCACUCAUUCUAUCUCAACCACAAUCAAUUGUCAGUCAGAUGCUAACUUUAUACAGAGAGCGUUUGAUCGAUUUAUGUUCUGCAGACCCUACGCUGAAAAAGACUGGUUUCUACCGGCAGUGGGCUGAACAAAAGGCUAAAUCUCAACCAACUACAUGGCAAGAAGUCAUCAAGUCAUGGAAUGGGCCUCGGGAACAAAAUGCUGCUCGUUUUCUUCAGCCAGCCUAUAAGACUCAACUCGCGCUUUUCCGCACACAACCUACUCAUGUCUCGACCAACAUACCAGUCCAACUCCAACCAAAUAUCGCUCAAAUUCCAGAAGGCUACGAAUAUGAAGAUACAGACACUUCAUGCGAACACACUCAAGAGGUGUACGAUCGUUUGCCUGCUCCCUGUACAGCUGAUUUCUGCCCACUUCACUUUUCUAACUCUUUACCAACAAGCGAUGGUCUCAAACGCGAGCUUGAGAGGCUUAUUAUAUCAAAAUUUUCUACUGGACAUUCUGCUUGGUCAGAACCAAAUCAAUUUCAAUGUCCAAUCCCACUGUGCCUGGCAGUUAUAUGCAAUUCUUUGUGUGCCUCUUCUGAUGAAUUUGUAGGCGAAAUUAUACAGCAUUUGAGUAAGCACGAUCUGUCAGUGAACGACAAUGAGAACCGUCUGAGAGAAUAUCUAGUGCAAAGGCCAUCAAGAAAGAAGAAAACCUCUGACUUGGGACGAACGCUUAAUGUGCAACUUUAUUGGAGUCUGAAGUCAGGAGCAUUUCAAUUACAGGACACGUCAAUCUUGGGAUCUACGAUCAAUACAAGGUCUAGAAUGUUCAGGCCUAGUGUUGUCAAUAAGACAUCAAAUAAACGAAAGUCGACAAGAAAUGUUGCACAAGCAAGUUUAUCCAGUUCAUCCGAUGUUAGAAAUGCAAUUCUACCGCAAACAACAGCUAUGCCUGAUCAGCUCAUGCAAACCCCUAGGUCCCUUACUAGUCCUACACCUGUUGUCAGCCCUACACCCAUUGCCAGCCCUAUACCCGUUACCAAUCUUACAUCCGUUACCAAUCUUACACCCAUUGCCAACCCUACAUCCAUUACCAGCUCUACAUCCAUUACCAGCUCUACAUCCAUUACCAAUUCUACACUUGUUACCAACCUUACAUCCGUUGCCGGCCCUACAUCCGUUACCAGCCCUAUUUCCGAAGAUCUCAAAGCUAGCACUGAGGUUGAUCACCCAAAGGGAGAAGGCAAAGGCGAAGAGAAAAAAAGUACCGAGGCGAUGUUUGAAAGCGACUUGGACAUUGAAGUAACCUUGCUAGAUCAUGGAAUUCGUACUAUUCCUUCACAGAUGGAGACGGUGAGUGCAGGACCAAGGCAAGGUUCAAUAAUGCGAGAUAACCAUAUCAGUGACGUUGAGAAUGACGAAAUCAUUGCUCUUCACCGAAAUCGUCGAAGGAAUUCGUUGACGCGGAUGUCGUUUGUCAUAUCAUCGGACAGUGAGUGCUCGAUCGGGAUUAGGAAGCGCCGAGAUGAUCGUCCAGUUAGGGAUUCAAGGAGUAAUGGCAAGACGCGAUUGCAAAAGGCUGGCUUGAAUAGACGCCAUCCUAGAAAGCGAAUGCGAUAUAGAAACAGGGGUUCACCAACUGAUAAGCACAUGUAUCACAAUGAAUAUAACGACUACAGUAGCACUAGCGGCUACGACAGUAGUGGGAGUAACUCUGACGAAGACAGCCGUACAGAAAGCAGCAGUAGUGAGAGAGGAGAUGACGAAGGUACCGAAACUAGUGUUAGUGGCAGCAGGAGUGACAAUACUAGUGAUAGCAGCGAGGGUAGCUCAGGAAGUGAAACUGAGAGCAGUACGGACAGUGAUAGCUUGAGUGAAAGUGAUGAGGAACUCUUAAGAAAUCAAGCACGAUCUGCAUCCAGACGGCGCCAAUUAGGUGAGGGAUUCCUACUAUUUUGCUAUUCUUAUUAUUCUUGAAGUGUUGUCUGAUGAGGGAAUACUUGAUUCUAAUCUGGGCCAACCAAAAUGCUUGUUUGAAAUAUCUCAUAGCUCGUUGGGAAGAGCAGAGAGUAAAAGAGACAAAGCGUCGUAGUGGCGGCAAUAAUGGACAUGAUCAUUGGCGACCGUAUUAAGCAAGGCUUUUUUAUUGAUCCCUUCCUGCAUCUUUUCUCAUCCAUCUCGCCAUUGUCGUCCUCAAAC